AGGAAUUAAAACUGUUCAAGAAAAACCAUGUCAUCUCCUUUCUCCUCUCUCAGCAAGGUUCGCAGAAUGCCACUUCAGUUGCAGCCAACAGAGAAAAAGGCAGUACCACUCCAGAUAAAUAUCCAGAAUGAAGAUGAAGCUGCUAUGAUGGAUGAAAUUCUGGGGCCAGGAGCUCAAAUGCCAGUACAAAUUAACUUGCCUUCUUGCUCAAAUGGAGCUACAGCACAAUCAGCUAUACCUGGAAAUGCUCCUACAGAUAUGGAGUUGAUGACUUCCAUGAUGCAGAAGAUUGCUUUUUUGGAGCAGAAAGUCAAGAGCCAAGCACAAGCCAUCCAGCAGAAGAAUAAGAAGAUCAGAGAAUUUGAGGAGCAGAUCAAAACCCUUCAGAAAGGAACAGAAAAAACUUCAUCAGAGAUGACCCAGGUUGAGGAACUGGAAAUGAUAUGCCUUCGGCUGCAACGUCAGGUUUGGGAAAUGGAGCAGUUUCUGAACGACUAUGGAUUGAUCUGGGUUGGAGAAGACCCAGUUUCUCUGAGAGUUCUGGAGUCACUAAAGGAAGAAGGGAGUCCAACGUCAAGGGCUUUCUGGAAACCAGGUGAUGCCAUUGUUUCAGAAACCCCAGUCAGUUUUGAUUUGGUUUUUGAGAAUCUGAAAGAUUUGAAUGUGCUGGCUGGAGAAGGUGUGUCCCAAAUCAAACACACUACAGGUGGAGCUCGGUUGAAGCGGUUGGAUUCCGUUCCUAUCACCUUCUAUCAGAAUGGGAUUGUCAUGUUCAGUGGACCUUUCCGGUCAUACAAAGAUCCUUCCACACAGCGUUGCCUGCAAGAUAUCAUGGAUGGCUUCUUUCCUUCUGAACUGCAGAGGCGUUACCCCGAUGGUGUUCCAUUUCAGGUCACCGACAAGAGAGAUGUCUUCUUUCAGGAAAGGAAGCUGCCAGGGUGUUUUCCUGGCUCUGGCCGGGCUGUUGGGCGUUCCAGACCAAGUGGAAUAAAGGAGACAAAUGAGAUCUCAGGUCCCAAGCUCACAGUGGAACAAUUUUUGAACAAACUUCCAAAAUCAGUGGUUCGAGAUGGACAAGUGAUAGAUAUCCGGGAAGAUGUUAAAAAAACCCUUCAGGGCCUGGGUGGAACACGAAGCCAUGAAGUGGUUCUGGUGGAGACGCCCAGCCUUGCAGCACUGAAGAAGAGACUGGAAGGAAAGCAAAAGAAAGAGAGGUCUGACCCCAACACUUCAACUCUUCGGAUAAAGUCAGAGGAUGGCGAGAAGACAUACAUUGUCACAAUGUCAUUCACAGAGACUAUUGGAGACCUGCGCCAAUAUCUUGCUCAGAACAGGGGCGAAGCAGUGGAGCCAUAUGAGAUCCUCAGCACUUUCCCCCUUCGAGUGUAUAACAACGAUGCUGUGCGCCUGGAGGAAUGUGGGCUGGUCCCCAACACUUUCCUUCUGCUGAGGAAAAAACUCCAACAAAAUCAGGAGGGGAAUAGCUGUAAUGGUUCACAGUAGAUGAUGCAUCAGACUUGGCUGCCGCUCAGCUAGGGCGUUGUGUGCCUUCUUCUCCUUCCCCAAGGUAGCUGCUCAGAUGAGAGCAAAAAGUCCAUUCG